AAGUAAAACACACAUUUGGUUUUGGUUGCCUUCUUGUUUUUAAUAUGUUUAAUAGUGGUGCCAUGUUGUAAUCCUAACAAAAAAUGUGCAAAAUCUGGUUUAGUCAGUUAUUUUGUUCUUGUGAAUGUGACAUUUUGGCAAAAAUAAAAUUAGUAACACAAAUGUAUUUGAUUUGGAGUAGGCCCAUCUUUUUUUAUGAAUAUUACAUUUCCCUAAAAAUAAAAUUACACAAAAAUCUCUAUCCUGGAGUUGUACUUUUUGUCCCGUUUUUAAAAAAAUAUUCUACCUCAUACCGAAACAUUCUACAUUAUAUGAUUACAUUAUAUUAUUAUUAUUAGUCAUAAAACAGAUUCCACCCUGACCCGUGACGUCCCGAGCACCCAGGAAGUGAUUGCUUUCUGCCAAAAAAAAUAACAAUACAAAAAGUGGUCCGUUUUCAAAUCCCUGCGUUCCCAUUGGCUGAAACCCUAGGUGUGUCAGGCGGUGUGCGCAGCGUGUCGCCAUCCGUCUCCACGUUAUUUCCUACAGAAUAAGCGGAGGUUUAACAGCGGUACGCAGCCAGGCGACAUACCUUAAACACCGGAGCCGACCGGGAUCAGGGCGUCGGAUUGUCACGGGACCGAGGUGUCCAUCCCGGCACUAGCGUUGGGAAAUGCUCCGGAUAGCAGCCUCUGAGUCUGGUGAGUGAGGGGUUGUUCCUCCCAGGUUUGGCUUGAUCUCCACCAUGGCAGGGGAUCUCUUUAGCCCCCCGUCCCCACUGGGGGAUUCCCUGCUGGACAGUCCGCUGUGUGGAGACCUGAUGGAGGAUCUCCGUGACAUCUCCCAGUCCAUCGGUGACGACACGCUGGGAUUCGAUUUCCCCGUGUACCAGAGCACUAGCUCGGGGUCUGAGAGCUCCAUCGCACUUGACACUUUGACCCCGGCCUCCAGUCCUUCGUCAGGGGGUUGUGGAGCAGCGGGGGGGCCAGAGGAGAACUUCAGCCCCCUCAACUUGGAGUGCCGGGUGUGCUCUGACAAGGCCUCGGGCUUCCACUACGGGGUGCACGCCUGCGAGGGCUGCAAGGGUUUCUUCCGGAGAACCAUCCGGCUAAAGCUGGAGUAUGAUAAAUGUGAACGCAACUGCAAAAUCCAGAAGAAGAACCGCAACAAGUGCCAGUACUGCAGAUUCCAUAAGUGCCUUUCUGUGGGAAUGUCCCACAAUGCCAUCCGCUUUGGUCGCAUGCCUCAGGCAGAGAAGCUAAAGCUAAAGGCAGAAAGCAAGAAGGUGGAGAAAGGGGUGGAAAGCCCCAUGCUGGUCGACCACAAAAUUCUUGUUGGGCAAAUCCACGAAGCCUACAUGAAGAACUUCAACAUGAACAAGGCGAAAGCCCGGCUCAUACUGACUGGAAAGACGAGCAAGCCGCAGCCUUUCAUCAUCCAUGACAUGGAGACGUUCCAGCUGGCUGAGAGGACGUUAGCGGCCCAUAUGGUUAACGGUGACCAACCCGAGAGCAGCCUUCAAGCAGGGCAGGUGGUUCUGGACUUGGGGUGUGGGGAGCUCCAGCAGAGGGAGGCUGAAGCCAGGCUCUUCCACUGCUGCCAGAGCACCUCGGUGGAGACGGUCACGGAGCUGACGGAGUUCGCAAAGGCAGUGCCAGGUUUCCAGAACCUGGAUCUGAACGAUCAGGUGACUCUGUUGAAGUACGGCGUUUACGAAGCCCUCUUCACCCUCUUGGCCUCCUGCAUGAACAAAGACGGCCUCCUGGUGGCCCGUGGUGGAGGCUUUAUCACCAGAGAGUUCCUCAAGAGCCUACGGCGGCCAUUUAGCGACAUGAUGGAGCCCAAAUUCCAGUUUGCCACACGCUUUAAUUCCCUGGAGCUUGACGACAGUGACUUGGCACUCUUUGUGGCUGCCAUUAUCUGCUGCGGAGAUCGCCCAGGGCUGGUGGAUGUGUCUCCAGUGGAGCAGCUGCAGGAAAGCAUCGUUCAGGCACUACGGCUCCACCUGCUGGCCAACCACCCGGACAACAACUUCCUCUUCCCGAGACUGCUGCAGAAACUGGCUGACCUCCGGGAGCUGGUCACGGAGCAUGCUCAGUUGGUGCAGGAAAUCAAAACAACUGAGGACACGUCACUGCAUCCGCUUCUGCAAGAGAUAUACAGGGACAUGUACUGAGGGGAUGGCAAAUGGUCAUGGACAUGUUUUAGAAUAUUUACUGUAUGUAUGCCACUACAAUUUGGGUGUACAUGAAUAUGAACUGAUACACUCAAGCAUAUCAAAGUACUGUAAGCUUUGGGCAGCUCCUAUGGGUGCACACAGCUUGAGUUGCAUUUAAUCCUGUGACUUUAAAACUUUCUACUGGAACAAAACAUAAAUGAAAUUAUUUUCCAAGGGGAAAAACAACGCUUGGAGGUGACUUGUGUAAAUCUGUGAAAGGGGACACAGUGGUGAACAAAGGUUUUGAUCUAACAUAAUAGAGCUUUCAUAUUUUUUAAUUGUAAGCACUCAAACUGAUUAUAAAUAGGGAGUAGACUAUGCAAUCUUGCAUUUAACAUGGGUGUACACAUAAUAAAGAUACCCUGAUAUGACUGCUGCAGUCAUACGUGCAGUCGUGCACUGAUACUAAAUAUUUACUUGGCCUGUGAACAACUGAAUAAUUAAACUGUCGCAAAAGAAGCAGACAUGAAUAUGUACUGAAAUGUUGGUUGUGCAAUAGGCGCUACAUCUCCAUACAAGACAUAUUCCUAAUAUUUUAUCUAUUCAGUGCAUAUCAUGUGAUAUGCAGUUUGAUUCUUUUGAAUUUCCUUUCUGAAAUGCCACAUCUCCCUCGUCCAUUCUGAGAUAAGUGGUUGGUGAAACAUCUAUCAGUGUUGACCAAAUGCCAUAUCGUUUCCAUGCUUGAGCUCAUAUUUCCUCUAUUUCGACCACACCUUAUUCAUUAAAGACAUAACAUAAUAACUUUGGGGUAGAUGUGUAACUCUUUAGUGUUGGAUCAGGGAAUUUGCUCACAUUAUAAAUAAUGGACAGCACUUCGUUCAAGCAGCCAAUAAACUAAAUGUAAGCAGCCAUUGUUUGAAAAACAUUGUCAUUUCAUGUGUAAAAUAUUUAUUGUAAUCCUUUAUCUUACUGCUACACAACAUGAUAGCUCACCUCACCUACUUUAUCAGAAGUGUUUUCUACAAAUCCUGCCAUUGAGAUGCAUUUUUGGCCAAUGGCAAUUGAAUAUUUUGACCACAAACGCAAUAAUCUAUUAAGCUGGUUUAUGUUUUAUUUUGUAAAUAUAACAAGAAUGUGGUGAUCACAGUGAACGGAUCUGAAACAACAGAACAGGCCCUAAAAAGAGCCGAUUGCCUCAUUUGCUGUACUUGUAGAAACAUUGUUUCAUGUCAUAGUGAAACUGUUUAUUUUGUGUAUCAUGUACAUUAGAGUACAAUAAAAAUGCAUUUUCUUUUUCACUAAAAGGAAUUAUGCCAUGUUGUAGAUUGUAAUAAACUAAUAUAUUUCA